UCCAAUCCCAAUCCCAAUCCCAAUCCCAAUCCCAAUCCAUUCAAAGGGACACUCAAGAGUCUUUCUCCUGUACACUCUCCGUAGACUUGAGUGAAUGCAUUAACUGAACAAUUUCUUUUAAUCUUCUUCUUGUUACUUCAUUUCUGUGUUAUGGCUUCGUCGGAGAACUUGGCGAGUCUUGACCCAUGGUUGUCCCGUACAAAUUUUGCAGACUCUUGGUUUUUGGAGGCGUUUGCUCGCGAGACGGAGACUAUGACGAAGGCGCUGCAGAAAUCCAUGUCUGAUGAUACGAAUACGAGUAACAACUCUGCUACGCUCACUUCUGAUUCGAUAUCGCAGUUCUUUGGGAGCGUGAUGAAGCCCGAUGUAACGGCGCCGGCCACACCGACUGCGUCGAAUGUUUCUGGCUCUGAGCCGGAAGCGGCGCCGAAACGGCAGAGGAGCGUGAUCCCGGUGUCGGGCUCUGGGACGAAGGCUACGAAGCGGAAAUCUCGCGCUUCGAAGCGGUCUCAGACGACGUUUAUAACUGCGGAUCCGGCGAAUUUCAGGCAGAUGGUGCAACAGGUGACGGGAGUGAGAUUCGGGGGCUCACACAUGGCGAUGGCGCCGGUACUGAAGCCGGAGCCACAGAGAAUCAGUGGCCGGUUAGUAGGGAACGGUGGGUGUUUGCCUACGCUUGACACGUCGGCGUUCUUGUUGGAGCGACAUCAGCAGCAGGUUGCAGUUGGGCCCACAGCUGGGAUCGGCCCUGUUAUUGGUUCCGGCCCACUGUCUUAUGGGCCCAUAAUGGGAUUAGCUGACGGAGGCGGUGGUGCUGCUUCGUUAGAAUUCGACACUUUCCCGAGCUUUCCUACUCUAGAAUCCUGGAAAGUCAUGUGAUAUUUUGAUCCAUCUGUUCUCUCUUUCUCUAUUUUCAGUCGUACUACGUAGUAAUGGGUAGUGAGGGAUGAUGUGGCUGAUCUGUUUAUAUUUUUGGGAAGCCCUUUGUAUGGUUAGUUCUUUUUGUUUAAUAUAUAUAUAUAUAUAGCAACUUUGUAAUCUCA